AUGGAUUUUCCAGGACACUUUGAACAGAUCUUUCAGCAGCUCAACUACCAGAGACUUCAUGGCCAGCUCUGUGAUUGCGUCAUCGUCGUCGGGAACAGACAUUUCAAGGCCCACCGCUCGGUGCUGGCAGCAUGCAGCACACACUUCCGAGCCCUGUUCUCGGUGGCGGAGGGUGAUCAGACCAUGAACAUGAUCCAGCUGGAUAGCGAGGUCGUGACAGCGGAGGCCUUCGCCGCGCUGAUUGACAUGAUGUACACCUCCACCCUCAUGCUGGGCGAGAGCAACGUUAUGGAUGUCUUGCUGGCAGCCUCUCACCUGCAUCUGAACUCUGUCGUUAAGGCGUGUAAACACUACCUCACCACGCGGACGCUGCCCAUGUCGCCGCCGAGCGAGCGGGCGCAGGAGCAGAGUGCGCGCAUGCAGCGCUCCUUCAUGCUGCAGCAGCUCGGCCUGAGCAUCGUGAGCUCUGCCCUCAGCGCCGGCCCGAAUGCGGACGAGCCGCAGGCGCCCCUGAGCUCGGCGCUGCGCAGCAACCUGGACCAGCGGACGCCCUUCCCCAUGAGACGCCUGCAUAAGCGCAAGCAGUCUGCAGAGGAGCGCGCCCGGCAGCGCCUGCGGCCCCCCAUGGAUGAUUCGGGCAUUUCUGAUGUGGCCCCGGAGAGCGGGCCGGCUGGGGUGCAUUCCCGGGAGGAGUUCUUCUCACCAGAUUCUCUGAAAAUUGUGGAUAACCCCAAGGCCGAUGGCAUGACUGACAGCCAGGAAGACAACACCAUCCUGUUUGACCAGUCUUUCGGUGCCCAGGAAGAUGCCCAGGUGCCUAGCCAGUCGGACAAUAGCACCAGCAACAUGGCGCAGCUGGCCAUGGCCUCUCGGGCCACUCAGGUAGAGACCAGCUUUGAGACGGAAGCAGCAGCCGAGAAAGGUGGCUUCCAGUGUGAAAACCCUGAGGUGGGGCUUGGUGAAGAGCACAUGAGGGUGGUGGUGAAGUCGGAGCCCCUCAGCUCCCCCGAACCUCAGGACGAGGUAAGUGACGUGACCUCCCAGGCGGAGGGCAGUGAGUCCGUGGAGGUGGAAGGCGUCGUGGUCAGUGCCGAGAAGAUCGACCUCAGCCCUGAAAGCAGCGAUCGGAGCUUUUCGGAUCCCCAGCCCAGCACUGACCGGGUAGGCGACAUCCACAUACUGGAAGUGACCAACAACCUAGAACACAAGUCUGCUUUUAGCAUUUCCAGUUUCCUUAACAAGAGCCGAGGAGGUAACUUCAGCACGAACCAGAGCAAUGAUGAUAAUAUCCCCAAUACCACUAGUGACUGCAGGCUGGAGGGAGAUGCCUCUUACCUGUUGAGUCCAGAGGCUGGGCCUGCAGGUGGGCCACCCUCAGCCCCUGGCUCUCACGUGGAGAACCCAUUUAGCGAGCCUGCAGACUCCCAUUUUGUCAGACCUAUGCAGGAAGUCAUGGGCCUGCCCUGUGUGCAGACUUCAGGCUACCAGGGUGGAGAACAGUUUGGGAUGGAUUUUUCCAGGUCUGGUUUGGGCCUCCACUCCUCCUUCUCCAGGGUAAUGAUGGGCUCUUCCAGAGGAGGAGCGAGUAACUUCCCUUACUACCGUCGCAUAGCCCCCAAAAUGCCAGUUGUAACUUCAGUGCGGAGCUCACAGAUCCCCGAGAACCCCGCCAGUUCGCAGCUGAUGAUGAACGGGGCCACGUCUUCAUUUGAAAACAGUCAUCCUUCUCAGCCUGGCCCUCCACAGCUGACCAGGGCCUCUGCUGAUGUGCUGUCCAAGUGCAAGAAGGCCUUAUCCGAGCACAACGUGUUGGUCGUAGAGGGUGCUCGCAAGUAUGCCUGUAAAAUCUGCUGCAAGACUUUCCUGACCUUGACCGAUUGCAAGAAGCACAUUCGAGUCCACACAGGUGAAAAGCCCUAUGCCUGCCUAAAGUGUGGCAAAAGGUUCAGCCAGUCCAGUCACCUGUAUAAACAUUCCAAGACCACCUGUCUCCGCUGGCAGAGCAGCAACCUCCCCAGUACUUUGCUCUGA